GAGAGGGCAGAUCUUUUGUGUAGCCGCUUGAACGCAUGAGAAGCUUGCACUUGGAUUUAGGCGAGAGACAAAAUUAUUUUUAUGAUACCGGAUUAAUCCAGUGGAAUAAAGAAAAAGGAAUGCUCCUGUGAGAACGGAUACAUCGACAUGUUGGUCUCACAAUGAGAGAAGGGAGUUCAUAAAUCGAUUAGAAUGUUUCCUCUACAGACAAGCUGAUAAUACAGAAUCCGUACUUUUGCCAGCCGAGUUGAAAUUUGGGUGAACAGGACUCCUGAAGAAAAUGCUUGAUGCUGAAGCGUGACGCUGCUCUUAAGCGACAAACAGGUCUGAUAUGGGGACAGGGGUCCCUGAGCUUCGUGGCAUGGCCUACCGGCCUCGCUGUAAGCAUGGACCACUCUAAGUUACAGUUGAUAAUGAAGUUGAUAAUGAAGCAUGUGACCAGGAUGGGAAAGUAGCACUGAGGAAGACCCAGCUGCCACGAGCCUCCCCGACGCUGCUUCUAGUCAGGAUGAUGUGCUUCCUUUCGCUGAAGUUCGCCCGCAUCUACCGGUGUGGCAAGUUCCUGUUUGCUGCCGCGUUGUUCGUCACACUGCUCCUGAACACCCACAACCUGCUUGCCUCCUUCCAGAGGAACGAGCUCGCCGACCGCCGCUUCCUUGGCCUCAACAAAUGCCCGGCCUGCUUCGGCACUAGUUGGUGCCGCAAGUUCAUGAAUGGCCAGGUAACCUUCGAGACGUGGGGGCGUGUGCGCUUGCUGGAUUUCUUCAACGUGAAGAACGUCUACUUCGCCCAGUACGGUGAGCCCAGGGAGGGGACGCGGCGGGUGGUGCUCAAGCGCCUGGGCUCUAGCCAGGAGCUCGCAGAGAUCGAUCAGAAGAUCUGCAAGAGGGCCACGGGAAGGCCUCGCUGCGACCUCGUCCAGGGCAUGUACAAGACAGAGUUUGCCCGGAUCAACGGCGAUGUGAGGCUGCUCACUCCCGACGCGGUGGAGGGCUGGUCAGACAUGGUGCACUGCCCCUCCCAGAGGCUCCUAGAUAGGGUAGUCAGGAGGUAUGCGGAGACCAAGGACUCUGGGAGCUUCCUCCUGAAGAAUCUGAAGGAUACUGAGAGGAUGCAGCUGAUGAUGACACUGGCGUUCAAUCCUGAACCUCUGGUGCUGCAGUCCUUCCCUUCUGAUGAGGGCUGGCCCUUUGCCAAGUACCUGGGGGCCUGUGGUCGGAUGGUGGCGGUGAACUAUGUGGGUGAGGAGCUGUGGAGCUUCUACAAUGCUGCGUGGGCAAAACGUGUGGACCUAGCCAAGCAGUUGAUGGACAUCGCAGAACAGCUCACCAACAACGACUUUGACUUCGCGCUCUACCUGCUUGACGUCAGCUUUGACAACUUCGCUGUCGGCCCGCGCGACGGCAAGGUCAUUGUCGUGGACGCCGAGAACGUUAUCGUGGCAGACAAAAGGCUGAUAAAGCAGAACAAGCCGGAGAACUACGACGUGUGGUACGAGAGCCGCUACGAGGAGUGCGACAAGGAGGCCUGCCUCUCCUUCUCCAAGGAUGCCCUGUGCUCGCGUGUCACAGUCGACCACAACUACUACGCUGUGUGCCAGAACCUGCUAUGGCGAGGCGCCACAUGGAGGGGCACUGCCGGUGGACUGCUCCACGACCCGCCUCCUGACGUGGCCGCCGACGGCCGGCUCACCGCCCUGCUGGAUGAGUGCGCCCGGCCGCGCCAGCGCUUCGGUCGCUUCCAGGCAGCCAAGGAGCUUCGCGAGUACCUCACGCGAUUAGCAGACAAGAUUAGCACCGAGAGGUAGUACUCAGGGAAGAGGCAGGGCCGUGGACCGCCCCUGCUGCCUGAACAAACUCCAAGAGCAGGAUGAGAUUUCUUUUUUUUUGGCUGUAGUAAACAAGCAUCAAGCUUUGACUUUGACUGAGUUUCAAGGGGCCUGGUCCCAGACUAUUUAGGGGUGUUUGCACAUGGGCCUGUUUGAAUGGGCUGGCUGAAGGACUAUGGAUUGCAAGUGGGAACAGUACACUCAAGUAUGGGUGGGUGGGUGAGGGGGAACAAGAGUGUGUAUGAUGCUUUUGAGCUGAGGCUGGUGUGCAAGCCUUGUUAGCUGUAAUGGCUGUGCUGCAAGAGCUACAGUCAGCCCCGUCUGGGUUACUAUCAGGACCUCCUAAUGAGCUUUAUGCUUAAUUUAUAGAGGCUUAUGCAGUAGAAUGACCACAAACCAUAGGCCCAUGUUCAAGUGAUCCACUCAAGUUUCAUUUUCUUCUUGCAAGAUUUAUUAUCCCACGUCAGGAGGAAAAAAGUCCUUGUUCAGUAUUGAAAGGAUGUUUGCUCAAAUUUCUCAUCUUCUGUAGAACAUCUGCUCAGUUUUCUAUUACUGUAAUUAAGAGGCUGACAUGCGUACAUGAAAUGUCAAUCGUGGUCUGCGGUAUUUGGGUAUUGGGCCUUGCGUGCAAAAAUGGCAUGAAAAAUGUGCAUAGAUAAACUGAUUAAGGAAACUGCGAAGUAUGCAAGAACAAAUACCAAAGAGUAACUGAUAUUAUUUGGUUGGUUGUUUGUUUCAAAUCAUUCUGGCCAUUAUCGGUCAAAGGGAAGCACAGCCCUGUUUCCAAAUGCUUUCACAUUUAACCAGUUUUAACCACUUUUUAGUCAUGCAUCUUUCUUUCAUUGUUUGGACCAACACAGCUUAGAUGUCCAGUGUGUGGACCUGUUUUUUGUCAAGUUGAACUUGCACUACAAAAGAAGCAUUGAGUUUACAGAGACAAAUUGCACUAUGUGUCAAAGGUCAUCAGUUCUUUUAGAAUUGUCUCAUUAACAUGCUUCAGAAACUUGAAAUGUGACUUUUGGAUUUUUUUUUUUUUAUUUUUUUUUAUUUUUUAUUUUUUUUUGAUCCCCUAUGUGAACUUUUUUCAUUUUUCUGAAGCAAAGUUAGAUUCAUGUCAUCAGCUAGGUAAUAAUUACCCGUUUCAAAUGUUUUGUGCCUGUUUUGUGCAUCAUCUUUCUUCACCAUUCGUAGCAGAUUCUGUGACUCUCCCCACUCGUCUUGUGUAUGUUCAGCUGCUUUUUGCCAGUCUCUCCUUUGUUUGAGACUAUUCCGUAGUCUGGUCUUACUGUGCCUUCCAGUCUGAAAGUUGUAUUUACAACUGGAUAAGAACUUCAAAGUAUAUUAAAGUAUAUCUAUACUUGCCA